AUGGCCAAAUCCACAACGGAGUUUACCUUUGAUGCUCUCCCACUAGACCCUACAGGGCCACCAGGAAAUGCCUGGGGUAGAUUUGGAAAAGAUGACCAGCUGGGAACGUUGAAUCUCCUUACGCCGGAGCGCAUCGUCGAAGCUGCCAAAGAAAUCAAGACCGGAGUGCGCAUUUCGCUCGACUGGCCCCUCAGCAUGCCGUCACAUCCUAGCUUCAACCGCGACCCAUUCAAACAGGAGCUUGUGCUGAGAAGCCCGAAUUGUAUCUUUGAUGACAUAUUGAGCUUUAAUAGUCAAGGGUCGACUCAAUGGGAUGGGUUUAGACAUUAUGGUAUUUGGGAAUACAACGACCCCAGGACUCAUGCUGACUGUUUGAAGCGAAUCAACAUUCAAAAAAGUUCUACAAUGGACAUACCGUCGAGGAGAUCCAGAGCUCAAAUACUAUCGGAAUUCAUUGUAAGUUCUGGUAUCACCUCCGGCCUGAAGUCGAGAUCGCUAACAGCCAUAGCAAUGUGCGAACACGGCGGAAUCACAGGCCGCGGUGUUCUGGUAGACUACGCAGACUGGGCAGCGACAAACUCCAUCUCCGUCUCUGCUCUCGAAUCAGAGACUAUCCCUCUCGAGCAUGUCAAGCAAGUCGUCAAAGACCACAAGAUCGAGUUCCAAAAAGGCGACAUAUUAUUUAUUCGCAGUGGAUUCACAGCUGCGUAUAACAAGUUAAAUGAUCAACAGCGCAAAGAUCUGGCACUUCGUUCAUCGCCCGACUUUAACGGCGUGGAGGCCUCGGAAGGUAUGGUGCGUUGGCUAUGGGAGCAUCAGUUUGCGGCCGUUGCUGGUGAUGCACCGAGCUUUGAGCGCGCCCCGAUUCGGGGUGCCCAUGCGGAUCCGAACUUCAAUUUGCAUGAGUGGGUUUUGGCCGGUUGGGGGACACCAAUUGGAGAGAUGUUUGAUUUGGAGAAAUUAUCGGAACACUGCAAGGCUACAGGGAGAUAUAGCUUCUUUCUGUCUAGUAUGCCUUUGAAGGUAGUGGGGGGCGUGGCAAGCCCGCCCAAUGCUUUCGCUAUAUUCUGA